AGAUGGGGAAGCGAGGCUGAGAAGGAAGCGGAUCCACUGCCGCGCAGCUAAACCGCAUCGAGCUAUCCUCUUCGUCUCCCUCCGCCGCUAUAGGGGCCUAAGCGGGAGCGGCUGGGACGGCGUCACUGAGAGGGCUGGGGGCGGAAGUGGAGGCGGAGGGAGACGGUGCAGACCGCAGGGCCUUGGGCCUUAGCGGCGAGGCUCUGGUGGGCGCGAGGCAGGGGAGGGGGAGGAGGAGGAGCCCGCGGCCCGGGUUGGCGGCGGCGGCGGCGGCGGCGGCGCCCGAGUUCCCCGUAGGGCCCCGCCUCGGAGCGGGCGGUGGUGGAGGAGGAGACUGAGGAGCAGGAUGGCGGCCUCGGCCCUGUACGCCUGCACCAAGUGUACCCAGCGCUAUCCCUUCGAGGAGCUCUCCCAGGGCCAGCAGCUCUGCAAGGAAUGUCGGAUUGCGCAUCCUAUUGUAAAAUGUACUUACUGCAGAUCAGAAUUUCAACAAGAGAGCAAAACUAAUACAAUUUGUAAGAAGUGUGCUCAAAAUGUGAAGCAAUUUGGCACGCCUAAGCCUUGUCAGUACUGUAACAUAAUUGCUGCAUUUAUUGGUACAAAGUGUCAGCGAUGUACAAAUUCAGAAAAAAAAUACGGACCACCUCAGACCUGUGAACAGUGCAAACAACAAUGUGCUUUUGAUCGAAAGGAGGAAGGAAGAAGAAAGGUUGACGGAAAGUUAUUAUGCUGGCUCUGUACUUUAUCAUACAAGAGAGUUUUGCAGAAGACAAAAGAACAAAGGAAGAGCCUGGGAUCUUCACAUUCAAACUCAUCUUCUUCAUCUCUUACCGAGAAAGACCAGCAUCAUUCAAAACAUCAUCACCACCAUCAUCACCAUCACCAUCGUCACAGCAGUAGCCAUCACAAAAUCAGCAAUCUGAGUCCAGAACAAGAGCAGGGACUGUGGAAACAGAGCCAUAAAUCCUCUGCAACAAUUCAGAAUGAAACUCCAAAGAAAAAGCCCAAAUUGGAAUCUAAGCCAUCUAAUGGAGAUAGUAGCUCUAUAAAUCAGUCAGCAGAUAGUGGGGGAACAGACAAUUUUGUCCUUAUAAGUCAACUGAAAGAAGAAGUGAUGUCACUUAAACGUCUCUUACAGCAGAGAGACCAGACCAUUUUAGAAAAAGAUAAAAAGCUAACUGAACUAAAGGCGGACUUUCAGUACCAAGAGUCAAAUUUGAGAACAAAGAUGAACAGUAUGGAAAAAGCUCACAAAGAAACUGUGGAACAACUUCAGGGUUUCAAUGAAAUCUUGUUGUGUAAGUGGAAAGAACAGCAUUAAAUAAGUAGUAUUCUUCAACAUGACCUGAUAUUUCAAGCAUUUUUCAUUUUAAAUGUUUUUGUCUCCUACAGGCCAAAAACAGAGAACUACUCAAACAGGUCGCAGCAUUGUCGAAGGGUAAAAAGUUUGACAAAAGUGGAAGCAUACUAACAUCCCCUUGAGAAAGUAGUUAUUCAUGUAGUGUUUCUGCUGAAAAUGUAAACUUGAGAAAAAUUCUGUGAAGCCCUUAAAUUCUGUGUAGUGGAGAAAUAUUUUUGCACACCAGAUGAAUUGGCGUGUUUCCUAUUCACUUUUAUAACUGAUAUACAGCAUUUUUUAAGUUGUAAAACGUUCAAAUAAGACUUCAACUGGCUUGAAGUUACUUUUUAAUGAUUUGAUAUCCAGGAACUUUUGCCAGCAAUAGUAUUAAACACUUGUAAAGGAGUGCAUGAGUCAUGCCCUUUAUAAAAUGCAACAUGCAAUAAUAGAGUGGAUGAUGGUGUUCAGAAGUCAGAGCAGCAGGGCUUUCGGUUUGUUUGGUUUUGUUUUUACACUAUGCUGAUUUCAGAUAAACAGUUUUCAAUUUAGAAAUACAAAAACUUUUAAACAAGGAAAAUGGUAAACACUGGUUUUUUUUGGUAAUUGUGUUUUUACUUUGCAUCAACAUGAAUUUAGGAGAAAAUCAUGGUGCUUUUAUUAAAUGAACUUCAGAGUAUAUGUAAAUAUGUUUUUAAAAGUUACAUCAUUAACAUUAGUUAGUAAACUAGUAUUUUCAUUAUUGGUAUAGGAAUUAAUGUUUAUUGUACAGUAUCCAAGGUAAAAUGUGUUCUGUUUUGUACAAACUACUGUAGAUUUUUACUUACAAGUGCCUUUUUGCCACCUAAUGUUUUUAUUUAUAGGAAUGCCAAUCUUUUGUACAUAUAGUUUGUUUUAAAAUCAUGUUUAAUAAAUGUUUGUAUAUAAAUGCAUAUGUACAGAAGCCUAUUUCAAAAGGAAAUCAAAGUUGUUAGUAAAAUGUUUGAGAUUCCAUUAAGAACCGAUAAUGCAUAUAGACUCUAGAUGAUUUUGUGGUUUGUUUCUGUGUGAUAUGAGAAGCUGUUGGUCACUGAAUUCAUUGAAUUAUGUAAAAAUACUUCCCCAAAGAUUUAAUUUUAAAUCAUUUCUGAUAGAGUAAUUUUAUUUUUUAUGUCAUAUGGCUUCAUGUUCAUAUUUCGUGAGUUACAUGUUCUUUAUUUUCCUUUUAUAAAAGUUUUUAAAAAUUUAUAAUUUUUCUGCAGUGGUCCAUAUAUCUGCUUUCCCUAUAAUAUGUGGUUAUCUAAGUUAAUAUUUAUGUACACCAUAUUUGAUUUAUAAGUUUAAUGCAAAUCUGGAAAAAUUUAAAUAAAUCAAUCCAUGAGUAUCUUUGAGUAAAUUGGAAUCUACUGUAAGAUACAGGUACUAUUUAUAAGAAAAUUAUAUCAGAGUCUUUAAAAUUGUCUAUAAAAGGUUAAGUAGGUUGGGAUAGGUUAUGUAAAGUUAUUGACUAAUUAUUUUCUGAUCCAUUGGUUUUCAGCCUUUAAUGCAAUUGAUCUCCUUAAUAAAUGCAAGUUCAGACUUCCAGUUCAAUUGUAAAGCAUCAGGCAAUGCUAGAUAUACUGUAUAGAGUGGGAGAGAGUUCCUUCUCUUAGGAAUUUAUGGGCAAGGAUUAAAUUUAAGUAAACUGUUAAUAAAUUUAUUAGUUUUUAAGUUGUUUUUAAACUGAUUAUAAAUGUCAGGUCAAAGAUCAUCUUUUCUCAGAACACAGGAUAGUUAUAAUAAUUGUUUUUAACAUAACCAAUGUUUCAGGAGAUGAUUCCUGCAGUUUUUCAUUAUAUGUUGAUAUCAAAUAAUUCUUUGUCCAAUUUGAAAACAUUAUCUAGGGUAAUUUUGAAGAAAUAUAGCAAAAGAUUGAAUCAAUCAGACUUGACUUGGAAAAAUUAAACCAGUUUAUUUUUAUGAGCUCUUCAUGCAAUAUUCUUCCUAAAUUUAGUACUCUCAACAAUGAUAGAUAAUGCCUUCUUAACACAGAUUUUAAUGUUUGCAGGAUUUGCUAAAUUCGUAAGGUAGUCAUUACCUUUCUUUGAAAUUUAUACUUUUAUAUUCUGGUUUCAUAGCCAUUUAUCAAUCCACAGUGCUCAUUAUAGUUUUAAAAUAAACUGUGUAAUAGUUCUUAUAACAUGUUGGAGCUGCUACUAAAAACCAAGGUGCCCCUUCCCCCUUUUUUAGGAAACAGAUUAAAAAUUGAAGAUUCAGUCUCAGUCAUUAAGCUUUGUAAAUUCUAAGGCUAAAACUUUUUAGGGGCUUCACAGUAUUUAGUCCUAAUUAAAUGCCCUCUCGUUAUUCCAUGACCUUAUUUUAUAACUUAAAUUUUUUGCAAUUGUAUAAACUAGUAAUUGAGUCCCAGUCCUGGAUCUGUAGUGUAUUGACAUAAUGAGCUGAUAUUUAAAUGUGGACCUGUAAGGAGAUACUAUGGUGUGCCGUAUUGUGCUUUUUAGCCCGUUUUCAGCUAUUAAUUAGCAUUUACCAGUGAGGGUCAUUUUGGCCCAAGUUAUUUAUGUAUUAAUAGCCUGUGAAUAUUGCAGUUCUUUUUAGAUUGUAUUGGUCUAUAUAUGCAUUCUCUGGUGAACCUGGUAAGCUGUUCACAUGUAUAGACUAUUGAAAUACUGUACUUGUACACAUCUGACUGUUGACAUUUUGUACUUUUUUCUAAAUCCAAUAUUUCACAAUAAAAACUUGUCAGAAAUUU